AGCCAUUUUAUUGAUUGCCAUCUGCCUAGCCCGCUAGCUGCCGUAUUGAGCGUAUACCAAGCAGAUAGCUGUGUAGUACUAUAGUUGCUGGGGAGCGUCAAGUCGCACUGCGAAUUUCACGUUCACGAGCAAAUACUGUUUUCCGCACGCCCACAGCUGCUCAGGCUGUGCCGCUGUUAUGAACAAGAUGUCACGUUACCCGUCCGAUUGCAAAGUCUACGUGGGCGAUUUGGGUAGCAACGCCACCAAGCAAGAAAUUGAAGAUGCCUUUUCCUACUAUGGACCUUUGAAAAACGUAUGGGUGGCCAGAAACCCGCCUGGUUUCGCAUUUGUCGAGUUCGAUGAUCCAAGAGAUGCCGAGGACGCCAUCAAGGGCCUUGACGGCCGAACCGUUUGUGGGCGCCGUGCGCGCGUCGAGCUGAGCAAUGGAAAACGUUCCAGAGACCGCGGACCACCCAGCAGGAGCGGCAGUGGCGGCGGUGGUGGUGGCCGAGGUGGUCCUGCCAGCAGGUACAAUUCCGAGGAUAGAUGCUAUGAUUGUGGUGAACGCGGUCACUAUGCCCGUGAUUGCUCCAGACAGAAGAAAAAGAGGAGGUGCGGCUGAAGCGGCACUCGCAUCGUGACCAUGUCGCUCACACAGAGGUUACACACUCGCGAUAAUCGACUUGGCUUCACAUUGCGAUCUGCACUCUGCGUAGUUACAGCGUGUAGAGCACCUACCUACUCUCAGUGUCUCAUGGGCUUAUUACCUACUGCACUCUACGAGAACAGACACACUGCAGAGCAGAUAAUAAGAAAAAAGAAAGAAAGAGAGAGAGAGAGAGAGUGAAUAUGUCCACUUCGGGUUCUUCUAGUCGACGGCACUUCGCUGCGCUUAUCUUCUCUUCGUGAUACGACUCUUCGCUCUCAAUCUCACACACAGCGUCGCAAUAUACAAAACUUCGAGACUUCCGUCGCCGACCGAGACAACUCCUCUGCGCCGCUCUCUCUUCACACACUCUCUUCACCUUCGUCUUCGCCUUCGUCUUCGUCUUCGCCUUCGCCAAUAUCUCCGCCCAAUAACUCCGCGCGAAUUUUACUGCCGACCAAAUCUGCUCUGCAAUGCCUACCUACUACCCCUUACUUCCGCGCGCAUUCACCUUGCUGACCUUCGACCCCAUAUUAUAGGUCUUACUCGAGAUCGCGCUCAAGGUCUCGCUCACGCUCGAGGCAGCGCGGUAGACGCAGUUAUUCGCGUUCCUACUCACGUAGUCGGUCACCUAGCCGCAGCAAGAACGGCCGUGAUAAGAGCAGAUCGCCAUCCAGA